AUGAAGAUUGAGCUUGCUCCUCUUCCUUACGACUACACUGCUCUUGAGCCCAAGAUCGGCAAGCGCACCCUGGAGAUCCACCAUGACAAGCAUCACGCCAAGUAUGUCAACGUGGCAAACCAGAUGAUCGAGGGAACCGACAUGGAGAAGGAUGACUGCGCCACCAUCGUCAUGAAGUCCCACAAGGCCGGCAACCAGGGCCUCUUCAACAACGCUGCUCAGGCCUGGAACCACGAUUUCUACUGGAAGUGCAUGAAGCCAGGAGGCGGCGGCAAGCCAACUGGUGCCAUCGCUGAUCAGAUCAACAAGGACUUUGGCUCUUAUGACGAGUUCAAGAAGCAGUUCGAGGUCGCCGGAAACACCGCUUUUGGAUCUGGAUGGGCUUGGCUCUCGUGGGAUGGAUCUAAGCUCGUUGUUGACAAGACCAUCGGAGCGGGCAACCCCAUCACUGAUGGAAAGAAGCCUCUCCUUACCAUGGAUGUGUGGGAGCAUGCUUACUACUUGGACUACCAGAACAUGCGCGCUACCUAUUGCACCGAUUUCCUUGACAGCCUGGUCAACUGGGACUUCGUCAACCAGAACUUUGCUAGUGCCAAGUAA